CCUCGGCAAACUCAACGCGCGUUGAUACAAUCGCAAUACGCUAAACAACCGUGAAAUUUAAACGUGCCUUACAUUUCAUUUUAUCUUAUCAACACAAUGAUAUAAACAUUACUCUGUAUUUGAAAGUGUUCACAAAAUUUUGGCAUGACAAUACCAGUGCGGAAACUCCGUUUUAUUUACAAUAUUUUUUUAAUCUGUGACAUUUAAAAAUGAGUUCCUAUAUCGAACUGGCCGUUGCGUGAAAAUGUGGCAGAGAAAAAAAUACGAAUUUCGAAUUUGGAAUAGCAGUGCAAAAAAUCAAAAUGGACUUGACGACACGGCGGGAAAACGAUGGGGUGAAUGUCACAGUGAGCGAGUGCCGUGAGGUGAACGGGGAGGUUGGGAUGGCUUCUGAAGUGUCCACGAGGAAGACCAGUUCGUUUAGCAUAAGGAAUCUCGUUGGCGGGGAAGAUGACCGGCCUGCCGACGGCACCGCGAACGCGAGUGAAGAUUACUACGCACAAGAGUACCAAAAGUACACUAGCAUGGGCAUAUCCGAGCUUACAAAGGACGAUUCUCCUAGAACCACGCCGGAGUUGCACCGCUCCGACCAGUCCCCGUCCGAGCGGCCGCCCCCGGGCUCCGCGGACAGUGACGACGCUGACGACUUCGCCCCCAAACGUAAGCAAAGGAGAUACAGAACUACCUUCACGAGUUUCCAAUUGGAAGAGCUGGAAAAGGCUUUCUCUAGGACGCAUUACCCUGAUGUGUUUACGAGAGAAGAACUGGCAAUGAAGAUCGGUCUCACAGAAGCAAGAAUACAGGUCUGGUUCCAAAACCGUCGCGCGAAAUGGAGAAAGCAAGAGAAAGUGGGUCCCCAAGCUCACCCCUACAACCCGUACCUGGGGGGAGCAGCGGCCCCACCGCCCUCUGUGGUCGCGUCCAUGCCUAACCCCUUCUCGCAGCUCAGCUUUGGCUUCAGAAAACCGUUUGAUGCCAAUGCGCUGGCGUCUUUUCGCUACACGGGCUCACCAGUGCUCAGCACACAGUACCUCAGCGCGCCCCUCUCCCGUCCUCCCCUAUUCAGCGCUCCCAUGUACACAUCAUCUCCCCCCUUCCACUCCUUACUAGCGGGACUAUCCGCUCCCCCCCGCCACUCCCCUGAACCUCCCCCCGUCUCUCCCCCCAUAUCCCCCGGCAGCGAAUCCCCCCCAAAUCCCCCAGAAGUAGAACGCAGGAGUUCUAGCAUCGCGGCCUUGCGAAUGGCGGCCCGGGAACAUGAGCUACGACUUGAAAUGCUUCGACAAAGACAUCACACUGACAUGAUCAGUUGAACCUUGUACAAUUAGCGAAUGGUUUUGUUUGUUCGUUCGGUGCAUACACGUGAUCUGGGGCUGUUUUGUAUUUUAUAUGGUGAUUGCACAUGUUGGUUUACACAGUUUCAGUUCAAUAGGUUAUUUUUUGAUCUACAUUUUGUAUUCGUUACGUUUAUCUAUACUAAUAAUGGGACCAAUUAUUUUUCAGUAUUUAAACUUGUUUGAUUGUUUUUGAGUAGAACUUAAUUAUUUAUGGAUUUAUUUUUUGUAAUUACUAAUUUGUGAUAAAUUGAGUAUGUACCUCGAAAUGUAAUAACUUUCAACUGUGUAAACCGAUACAUAGCAUAAUGAACAUCGAAUACAAAUUGAUGUUUUUAUUUGUAAUAAAAUUAAUAUAGUUACUUCAUCCGUCCAGUUAUUUGCCUUACUGUUAUUUAUUCUAGUUUUAAUAUAGAUGUAUAUAAUUAGGUGCUAAGGGAGAUAGACAAUGGUAUUUGUUUAGAAUAAAUUGUAUUGUAUUGUGGACCAUUGACAUUGUGUAGUAAUAAUUUCAUUUUAAAUUGUUUCCCAAUGUAUUUAUUGUGAGUUUCAUAUUUUUUGCACCAAAGAAACGCAUGAGUUUCCAAAAUGGUAAAACAUUACAAACUAUGUGUAAAAAUGGUCUUGUUUUCUAUUUUAUAUGAAAUACAUUAAACCGUAUGAAAUAAAAAAUUAAAGCUU